CAACUUCCUGAGUUUUCCUGGAACUUCAGAUCAGAGAAGGAAAAGAACGUUGUACCACACUUGUUCCUCCUGUAUAGACUAACUCGGUACUGCAUUUUUCGGAGUACAUCGUCAAAAUCAUCAUAGAGACAAGAUAGAGUCCUUCGUUAAGCCCCUGGUAGUUGUUAGAGAACAAUGGCGGAAACUUCUUCUAGUAUGAGAUCAGGUGCAAAUUCCAUGGCCUUCCAAAUAAUCCAACAUAGCGAACUAAAAGAUCGCACAGAGAUUGGAGCUGGUGGAUUUGGCACUGUGUAUAAAUAUAAACAUGAUUCCUUGGGAGAUGUUGCAGUCAAAAAAUGCAGGUUGAACAGUCGAAAGGAAGUGGAUAGUCUGGCCAAGCCGGGCUUAAACAAUUUCACUGUCAAAAUACUAGGCUGGAUUGAGCCAACAGAAAUAGAUGAACACUCUUAUAUUGUGAUGGAGUACAUGGAAUACGGGUCUUUGAAGGAUUUCUCCAGAAACCUGAGCCCAAUUCCAGACUCUCUGAAGAUCAGGAUGGUUUAUGAAGUCAUCGAGGGCAUGCACUUUCUACACGAUAAGAAUAUCAUUCAUAGAGACCUGAAGCUGGAAAACAUAUUUGUUGGGAAAGAGUUCUCUGUUAAGAUAGGUGAUCUUGGAUGCGCAACUUGGAAGUCUGUCGCAAGUCACACUAAAGACACUCCAGGAACGAUGACACAUUUGGCACCUGAGCUUCUUCAAGAUGUUAAUCAGCCAGCAACAAAAAUGUCCGACGUCUAUAGUUUUGGAAUAACUCUAUGGGAAUUGUCCACUAAUGGAGAUCCGUUUGAAUAUUCAUUCAAUAGCUCGCAUGUAAAGUAUGCUGUUUUGGAGGGCCACAGACCGAAAAUGAGUACAUGCUUCCCAGUACAUGUGCCACACAUUAUUAAAGACAUGAUGGAAAGAGCCUGGCAUCAGGCACCAGACAAGAGACCUACAUUCCAAGAAUUAAAAGAGGAGAUUGCACAAGAGUAUUACGCCAAUUACAAAGAGGAUGUUCCUGCUGCUCUUUCUUUAUGCUACACAAAGUUACUUUCCGCUCAGAAGAAGAAGGAGGAAUCUUGUAAGGAGAAUGGGGAUACUCCAGAUUCACCUUCAGCGGAAGACAAUUUGUCCAUGCUUGACGGAGCUAGGCCUAGUCCACUAUACUCCUACAACCAUCAGAGAAACGGAGGCGUUCCUGAAAAGAGAUCUGUGCCAGUGUCGGAUACUGGGAAGGGGGAGUUACCAGGAGUUGCCACAGCCUUUGGCAAAUUGGGCAUUGACGAGGGAAGAGAUGCUGUGCAACCUGUGUCUGAUAACAUGAAGGCAAGCUGCCAACCUUUGGAAAGUGCCUCCGCCCCACGUCUCACAGCUGGAGAACCAAGGAUUCCUACUCAAGAAUCACAUCUUGGAAAUCCAGAAACAUCGAAGAACUCUUCAUUCCCGAAUCAACCGCAAAACCAACACCAGACUGGAUACAAUCCCCAGCCGAUUAAUCCCUCCACGCAACAAGGCUCAUGGGGUCAACCAGGCCCAUGGGGUCCACAAGGCUCAUGGGGUCCACAAGGCUCAUGGGGUCCACAAGGCCCAUGGGCGACUCAUCAAGGCCCAUGGGCGACUCAUCAAGGCCCAUGGGCGGCUCAACAAGGCUCAUGGGGUCAACAAGGGAUUCCUCAUCAAGAACCACUUCGUGGAAAUCCAGAAACAUCGAUGAACUCUUCAUUCCCGAAUCAAUCGCAAAACCAACACCAGACUGGAUACAAUCCCCAGCCGAGUAAUCCCUUCAUGCAACAAGGCUCAUGGGGUCAACAAGGCCCAUGGGGUCAACAAGGAUUUAACCUCAACGUCUCGGGUGACGGACAUAAUAUUGUCUUUGGUGGUUCAGGGACUACAGUUACAAUAACCAAGGAGGAGAAGACGGGGGGGAAAGGGGCAGGAAGAGGGGACGACUCAUCUGCUUCCAAGAGCUCUGAGUCUGACGUCUUGGACCCAGAAGUGCAGAAGAUCAUGAAUUCCAAAGAGAUUCUAGAAGAGAAACACAUCAAUACCUUGUCUGGCCACAUCGGCCUUAGAUGGAAAGAUCUUGGAGGGGAGCUGGAGCUGAGUAGAGUCAAGAUGGAAAAUAUUCAGGUUGAUCAUCAAUUUGAGGGUCAGCGAGAGUGGGCUUUUCAAGUCAUGUUGGCAUGGAUGAGGAAGAAAGGCAGAGCCACGAAGGGGGAACUAGCAACAGCUCUUCUGGCUGUUGAGCUGACUGAAGCAGCUCUGAAAUUAAGAUAAAUCACACUCUAAUGUCUCAGAUUUAUCUGGGAAAAAAAACCUGAAAGGCACUGGACACUAUUGGUAAUUACUCAAAAAUAGUUGUUAGCAUAAAAACUGA